AUGAUUUUUCAUUACAGAAAAUAUAUAAAAGCUUUUGGAUUUUCAGGACUUCCUUUUCCAUAUAGAUUUUCCCGUUUUUUAUAUGAUCAACCAAAGACUCGGUUCAAAAAACAUAAUCAAUCUGUUUUGUUCUAUACAUGUUCUGUUUUGAUUGGGAUUUUAGGGAUUUCAUAUGCUUCUGUUCCUUUAUAUAGGAUGGUAUGUCAGAAAAUGGGAUGGGCUGGCAUGCCUGUUAUUGAUGUCUCAAAAUUUACUCCUGAUAAAAUGAUUCCUAUAGAAAAUGCAAAAAGGAUUCGUGUUACGUUUAAUGCAGAUGUCUCUGACACUCUUGAAUGGAAAUUUGUCCCUUUGCAAAAAGAAAUUUAUGUUUUACCAGGAGAAACAGCAUUAGGUAAUUGUUUGUCUGGCUUAAAUAUUUUUUUUCUAAUAUGGAGAGCAUUUUAUACUGCUCAUAAUAAAAGUGAUCAUGAUAUCAUUGGAAUUUCAACAUAUAGUGUUUCUCCUCCGCAGGCUGCAUCAUAUUUUUCAAAAAUUGCAUGUUUUUGUUUUGAAGAACAAAAAUUGAAUUCAGGUGAAUCUGUUGAUAUGCCAGUAUUUUUUUUUAUUGAUCCUGAUUUCGUUAAUGAUCCACUUGUACGAAAUAUUGAAACAAUAACAUUAUCAUACACUUUUUUUAAGUCAUCUCAUGAAGAAGUUAACAAAUUAGUUGAAAAAAAAAAAAUAUAA